AUGUUGCCGAGAGGCGUCCCCAGAAUGCUGCUCUUUUUGCUCUUGGAGGGAAUUCGAUUCGCUUUGGCUGGUGAAGCUACAGUGUCUUCCAGCACCGCAACCUCGGUCUAUCAGAUCCGACCAGGUUGGGAAUUCAGUGUCGAAGUGCAAGGAACGAAUUUCGAUGUCAUCAACGACAAGAUCUAUUUGGUGGGACAAGGCUCCAGCUGUGGAGACUCCACAUCAGCACCUCGAGGAAGGUUCAAAGAUGGAAACGGUGCACUCCAGCCGUUGUCGACCGCAGCAGACUAUCAGACCUUGAUGUGCGACGGCAUCGGCAAGGGUCCCACCAAGUUGGUUUGCAGCGGCAUGUCCAUCCUACAGGUCGGCACCUGGACCAUCUGCGUUUGUGACGCCGAUGCCAUAGCACCUCCAAGCGCAGGUGCUGGGACCAAUGAAACGACAACAACCACUUCCGUGGCCCCCACUCCGCUGCCAUGCAACGUGCCCGAGCGCUUCUGGCUAGGUGGCCUCGGGACUGGUGUCAUGACCGUGAACGGUCCCAGGAACGAGGGCACCUUGGACUGGCGCGCUGGCACGUCAGAUCGCUUGAUUUUGCAGGGCACAGGGUUGAGCAGUGCGGAUCGUAUCCGCAUUGUGGCUGGCACAGUGGAUUGCUACGACUUCACCCAUUCCAAGCAGAUGCAUCCGGCAGUGGCCAGCGAUGUACCCUACUUGGAUCCUUCCGGGGAACGCUAUGAUGGAGACAGCACCAUGGAGAGAUGGUUGGACAUUGGCGUCAUGAUACCAGGAACCUACCAGGUUUGUUGGUGCUCUGCAGGGCAGGGCAGCUGUGACAGUGAUGAGGACUUCACUACGAACGUUGCUACCUUGGCAGUGGGAGGGCCCACAGCUGGAGUCGUUCAGACCUUCGAAUGUAUCACAGGAGUAGCCUGCACUUUGCCCAUCGAAGGAUCAGGUCUGAGUCAGAACGACAGGAUCUACAUCAUCGCUGAACACUUGGAGUGCGGCACAGCACCACAGUCCUUCUCCGUAAAUCAAGGCGCUGGCUCCAGUGGAGAGAGGACCAGCGGUUCAGACAUCAUCUCCCGCUUUGGUGGCAUCAUCAUGGGCAGCCACGGGACCUUCAAGGUUUGCUGGUGCGGGAGUUAUGACCCCAUCUCCUGCCCAGCGUGCUGCCAGACCAUGCAAGAGUAUACCGUCUAUGCCGGAAAUCUGACCAGUGGUGGGCCAAUUCAAGGGCAAGUGGACCGUCCCGCCAUCGCGGUGCCCUUCAGCUACACCAUCACCGGCUGGGGCUUGAGCGACGUGGAUCGGAUCCGCAUCGUGGACAGCACCACCAUUUGCGGCCAAGCAGGAGCCGAGGUCCAUUCCUUGGGCCUGGAAGCUAGCACCGUGCCCAAUGGACCACCCUCCAUAGUGGAAGGUGACACUUCCUUGAAUCGCACCAGUGUCAGCUGGACCAACAUCAUUGCCAGAGAGAUGAGAAAGUUCCGUGUUUGCUGGUGUGCCCAUUACUACCUGGGUUGCACCCAGGGCUUCCAUUUCGCGUUGGAUAUUGGCGUCAUCAACCCGCGCGGUGCAUCCAACACGACCUCUAUUGAAGCCAUUCCAGGUCGUCCCUUUUCCUUAACGGUGACUGCAGCGGUUGGCUCCGUUUUGAGUGGAGAUGAUCGAAUCAGGAUCGUGCACUCAUCACUGUCUGACGGAAAGUGCGGGGCCUUUGGGACUGGAGAACACUCCCUGGCGGUCUCGAUGAUCUCCUGUUGGCCCAGUUGUGUGGAUUCCCCCGUCUCGGGCGCCCCAGAGAUGGGUGAGAACAACGAGACCGAAGUGUGGGAUCCAGUCCUCAUCACAGAGAGUGGAGAGUACAACAUUUGUUGGUGCAAUGCUGGGCAAGGUGGUUGCGAUAACGAUGAGGAUUUUGCUUUCAAAGCAGGUGUGAUCAAUGCAAGGGGCGUGCAGGGAGCUCAGUAUCAGGCUGAGAACGUUGGACUCCACUUUCACUGCGCUGCGUAUUUCCCGUGUGUGGUGGAGAUCCCCCUGACAGAUGGCUUAACCUCCAACGACUACCUGCAGAUGGUCCAAGCGACUCCAAGCGCCUCCUGUGGCACCGAUCCCAGGGCGCCAGCGACGAGUUUCUCCCGUGGGACGCGCAUCCGAGGCUACCAAGGCAAAGAUCAGAAUGCGCAAGACGUGGUGAUCUUUGAAUUUGGUUCGCCGCAGGCACCGGGCGUCUUCCUGGCCUGCUACUGCCAGGGGAACGUUUGCAACUCCAUCGGUGUCUCGGACCGUGACUUCUUCCAACAAGCCGGACAGGUGACCGUGAUGGGCUUAGAGGGCCGCGAUGAGUACCACAAGUGUUACUUGCGGGGGACCUGUCACGUGCAUCUCCGAGGGACUGGAUUGGAUGCACAGGAUGCCCUGAUGUUGGUAGAUCCCAUGGACAACUGUGGGCAACAAGGUAUUCCAGUGAGUUUCAGCACCGAUGGGUCAAAGUUCUUUACUGAGAGCAAUGACAGGAUCUUUGUGGGCAACUUUGCGGCGGAAACCAACGAAGGUUUGGAGGGUUGGAACUUCAACCUGGGAACCCCGGUGCGAACCGGAAGAUAUCGGAUGUGCUACUGCAUGCGCACCCGAGCCACCAAUGGCGUUUGUGAAAAUCGCAUCGAUUUCGACAACCCUGCAGGCGAGCUGUUUGUUCGCGGCUCCGACUUCAGCACCGAGUUCCGCUGUGAUCAGGGUGAGCCCUGCCUUGUCACUUCCCGCGGUUCACAAUGGGAUGCAUUGGACCGCAUGGUUCUGCUUAAGGCGGGCGAGAAUCAUACCUGUGGAAUGGUGAACGGAGGCCAAUAUCCCUAUUGGUCUUCAGCCCUGACUCCCAACACCAUUCGCCCUGAUGCCAUCUUGCCGGACCUGUGGGCCGCGACCUGGCAAAUCGCCAGCGUGCGUGAGCCAGGGACCUACCAUAUCUGCUAUUGCGCUUACAUCAUCGGCAGUGCCAGCUGUGUGGAAUCGAGCACCACCAACUACCAGGGCUUCAUGCACGAACUGGGCACCGUGCGCGUGAGCGGCGCCAUCCUGGCCGUGCGGAGAGUUGGUGUGACACCAGGGGCAUGGAAACCCCCGCUGCCGGCAGCACCCUUCGCGGUCAGCGUGGAAGUCGAUGCUCAAACCACUUUCCUGCGGUAUAGCUGCGUGGCCACUACCAGGGCGGCGCCGGAGGAUUUCAUCCCCAUGAAGUCUGACUUGGAAAACUGCACGCUGGAUAUCGAGUUGCUCUCGGACCGACAGAAGUUCUUCCCCCGCUGCUGGGGAACAGGCACCACUGUCGAAGCCGUCGGGAGGCAUGUACCAGUUCACAUUCCGGAGGUGACGCUGGAAACGGCGGAAUAUUUGCACGUUUGGUGCUAUCCCCGUAACGAAUGCUCCAACGGACGAUGCGUCAUGCCAUCCAACAACAUCGGUUUGACGAUGCCAAUUACUGGGGGUUUGAUCUCCACCACAAACAACUGGGCUUCCGUGGUCUCCACAUCCUUCUCCUUGCGCCUGCCUGUGGCCAGUGACUAUGACGUGGGUCCGGUCGGUGUCGGCUACAGUAGGUGGUGGGUGAUGCAUGUGAGCGCCCGUUACCGCCCGUUGCCGCCCAGGUGGGAAAGUGUGAGCCCGCACCUGUGGCGACCCUCUCGUCUGGAUCGUGGGGAUCGGGACGUGAGCUCAUUUGGAGUGGCCGACAAGUUCCACGUUUGCUACUGCGAUCGUCACUACGCCGCCACCUGCAUGGCUUGGGUCAAGGUGGGCGUGCUGAGCGUCAGUGGACCGCAAGGCUCCGGCUCUUUGAGGUUUGUGGCGAAUCCAGCCCAGCCCACCACCAUCAGUAUCCAGGGCAUUGGUUUGGCAGCUCGUUUGCAGAUUCGCAUCAUCCCGCAGACUGUGGGAUGCAUGCAAGUGACUGAGGGCACCACACCCACCACCACGGGGGCCGGUCGAAGGAUGCAGUCCUCGAUGUUCGACUUCCGCUCUGGUGCUGCCACCAACGCGAAUGGCACAGAGGCAUCGUGGGAUAUCCUCAUAGCACCUGAGGGCACUUACAAUGUGUGCUGGUGUGGCGCGUCUGAGGGCAGCUGUACAUCGGGAAAUGACUACUCGGUGCAACUUGGUACUUUGCAAGUGGCCAAGAAGAGAGACUGCGAGGCAAUGGGCUUGAGAUGA